UGGAGUGGGGUGACAGGAUGAGAAGUAAUAAAGCUAGUUAGCAACAGGAAGGCUCCCUUGACUUGCUUGUGGGGAAAGCCUUCUGUUACAUUUUUCUCCGCCUCUUUUUGUUUGUUUCAACAUCAGGUUUUUCUAGGUAGCUCUGGUUGUCCUGGAACUUGCUUUGUAGACCAGGCUGGCCUCGAACUCACAGAGAUCCACUUGUCUUUGCCUGCUGAGCACUGGCAUUAAAUGUGUACGGCACCACUGCUAGAUUCUUCUGGACUUCUUAGGUGGGAAGUCAGACUUUUCCCUGUAAACUCAGGUGGAGCCUGUUUUUCUAACCCUGAGCCAGCUUCCUCUUUUUCAUUUGCAUUCUGUUGAGGAAGUUGAACAAUUUUGAACAAUUGUUUAUUUAUUUUAACAAUUGUUGAAGCCCUGCUUACUUGAGGGUUUUGGUAUUGCUUUGAGACUGGGUUUCACUCUGUAGCUCUGGCUGUCCUGGAGCUCACUAUGUAGACCAAGUUGGCUUUCCAAGAGCUCAGGCGCCAUCAUGGUCAGAUGACUUUUCAAAGGAAAUUACAAAAAGGUUUCCUUGCUGCAUGCUAAGAUAAACAUGUCUGUAGUUUUCCUUCUGGGCCUAUCCUAAGCCCUCCAUGCACAUAGAAAGGCUGUUGAUGCAUUCUCCUGAAGGUAGCCAGCUGCCUGCAGAAGCCAGGGAGAAGGGAUCCAAGAGAGCUGGUGUCAGAGUUCUUUGCUUUUGACUUUUUGUUUACUGUUGGAAAUGGCCCGAGUUUCUACUAACUAGUGUUAUAAAGUCAAUUUGAUUGAUGGGUCAGCAGGGUGACUCAAUGGGUAGAGGAGCUUGCUGCUAACCCUGAGUUCCUUCUCAUGGUAGAAGGAGAGACUCAACUCCUGCUGGUUUGCCUCUGACCUCCACUCAUGCACCACAACACAUGCGCAUAUACACGUAAGGAAAGAAAUGCCGUAAAUCUACAUUAAAUAAAUAAAACACACCCACUUUGUAUAGUUUAGUGAGCUGUGCCAAAGGUGUCCACCCUGAAUUUAUGAGUAGGGAAUUCGCUCUGCACUUUUGCAUUCUGUCCCAGCACUGGGCCCCCUUUAUCUCAUGAGUGGGUUCUUGCCUGCGUCAGUUAGGAGGUUGGCUAGUGAGCUGACUCGGAAGUGAAGUAAGUUGGCAGCAAUGAACGAUGCCACCUUGCUCUUUGCCUGGGGUCAGGUGACUUCUGAGGAAUGGGUCAUUGAGGUCUCGAUUAAAAAAAAAAGCUGGAGACUUGCAUUUCAAAGAUUCCACCCCUUUGCUUUCCCCUGAGAGGAGGGUGGAGGUCCCGAGCUGGGCUGUGACUGUGGCUGGGCUCCGAGAAGUAGCCUUAGUUACAUCUAAGCAGCUCCUUCAUUAUAACUGUGCUCAUACUAUCGGUAGCUCCGGGUGCCCAGGAUGGACCUUUGAUUUCAGGCAGGCUGCCCAGUGUAGCCCAGUUUAACUCACUGUUUAACUUACGUAGGGGCAGGAUAUUUACUUUCAGGAUUGAGGAAUACAUUUUCUCCAAGUCCUGAAGUAGGACUACUGACAUGGUUUGGAGAUAACCAGAAGUGAGGCCAUUUUCUUUGUGUGCACUGGUGGAGAGGGAAACUAAGACUGGUCCGCUCGCCUGUUGUGCUGGGGCCUCUGAGAAGACCUCAAAUACUUUUCACUGUGGGGGCUGGGCUGUCUUCUAUGCAUGCCAAACAUGGUCCACAAAUUGUGUUUUCAGUACAACCCAUGUCCCUAAGUGUUCUGUGCUACCCAGGGCUCCUGUGGGCACUGUACACAGGGGCUCAGUUUCUCAGUAUAUUCUAGAAGACCGAGGAAGAGAGGAGCCGAGGGUCAUGGCCUUCCUGAGCGUUUCAUUUUGCAAAGUAUCUUUGCAGACUUUCACAGGAUGAAAGUCAGAGGUUUGGACCGUGUCUGGAACAUGGCUGCCCAUCUGUAGAGACCCUGCUGCUCCAAAACCAUGUGCUGGCCCUGCUGUGCUUCUCCACAGUGCCUUCUGCAGCGCCGUCUAGACAUCCCUGUCCAGAUUCCACAGCUCGGCAUCCUGUUAGAUUUCACAUAGCCGAAGGCUGUAGUGUCGGGUGCUUCGUUGGGAGCAAUGACUGGAGCGAUACACCCCUUCCCCAUUUACACAACGCCUCCCACAGUGUGGAGAGCAGGUCCUGAAUGUGAUAGAUUCCAGGUUCGGAAGGCACUUCGAGUCCCCGCUCCUGUGGCAGAGCAUAGUCAUGAUCCUUACGAUGUUGCUCAUGCUGAAGCUCUGCACCGAGGUCCGCGUGGCCAAUGAGCUGAACAUCAAGCGCCGCUCCUUUGCAGCCACAGACAGUAAGGAUGAAGAACUCAGAGUGCCCCCCAGGCGGCCCUACCUGGACUUUGAUCCUCACCACUUCUGGCACUGGAGCAGCUUCUCAGACUAUGUGCAGUGUGUCCUGGCCUUCACGGGCGUGGCGGGCUACAUCACCUACCUGUCCAUCGACUCGGCUCUGUUUGUGGAGACGCUGGGCUUCCUGGCUGUGCUGACUGAAGCCAUGCUGGGGGUGCCACAGCUGUACCGAAACUACUGCCACCGCUCCACGGAGGGCAUGAGCCUCAAGAUGGUGCUCAUGUGGACAAGUGGUGACACCUUCAAGACGGCCUACUUCUUGCUCAACGGCGCACCUCUGCAGUUCUCAGUCUGCGGUCUACUACAGGUCAUGGUGGACCUGGUCAUCCUGGGGCAGGCCUAUGCCUUUGCUCACCACCCCCAGAAGCCAGCGGCCCAUGCAGUGCACCCUGCCAGUACCAAGGCUCUCUGAGGAAUCUAGGGAGAACAAGGACAUGUGACCGACCAGCCGUGGGUGCUGCGUCCCAGUCUGUGCUUCUGCACUGGGGAGACUGGCCCUGUGCACUCCACAGAUGGGCCAGGUGUAGGCAGAGAUUAAGUUGAGUGCCGCGUCCCCAUCAGCCUUCAGGUGGGGGGACUCGGGGUCAGUGGAGCUAGGGCUGGCUCUGUGGUGUUUUUGAGGUGAUAGAAAAGGCAGGCGUCUGGCCUUACCUCCUCCAGAAAAACACUGGCCUGAUCCUGAAAUAGGGUUGUGCCACUGAGCAAGAUGGCAGGUACAGGAAGCAGCUGAGUUCCUUCCUCUCAGCCAGCUUCCCACAGUGAGCCACUGUCUCCUAGCAGAGCUGGUGGCACUUUAGGGAGUGUGUAGUCAUGGCUGCAGGUGGCUUGUCUGUCCUCAAGCUCUGCCCUGUCUUGCCCUUGUAUGCCAUAGCUAUGUCUGCUGCACCUGUGGGUGAUGGAAGCUGCUGGCCUGACACUGGUCACUGUAUUUUGCUCCUCUCUGAGCUCAUCUUGAGAUCAUGUUACACUUGCCAGCCUUGUGCUGACCUGGCUGGCUCCUGGGUCCAGAAUGUUCUAGAUGCUUCUAUAUAACAGUCUCUUCCCUUCUGCUGGGCAGAAGAACUUCUUGUGCACACGACGAGGACGAUGCCAUCCAGUUAGCACAAUAGCUCUGACGGUCAUGGUGGCUCGCCAGAUGGCCGAAGAGUCCACACUGUGCCACCUUUUGGCUUCCCUCGGAUAUUCUAAGUUGUGUGAGCGAGAUUCUUGCUUACUCUUUGGCCUGUAAGAUGCUUGUGAGAUGUUUAUUUUUAAAAAAAAAAAAAACGAAGGAAGAUGUCUGUAGUGGUGAUUACCUCCAAAAUAAAUGCCAUUGAAGGCAGCCCUGGCUGCUGAAUAAACUGAACAUGCUUCA